AUGGCAAGAAAAGUUUCCAAGCAUAGCAGAGCUGCUCGUAGAGGUGAGAUCGACCUCGAAGGUGAAGCAAAGUCGUUGGCUAGCGUACCAAAGACAGAGAACAGCGAUGUUCGUAAGUCCAUCAUCAGAACGACAAUUAAGAAUGAAAACCUUCUAGCAAAAAAGAUGGAGAACGACGCUAUCCGUAAGAAGGCCAACAAGAGAAAGACCAACUCCUUGAAACAUAAGGUGGACAGAAACCUGAAGCUCGAUGGAGUCUUGGCCACUAAGAUUCAGCAAAGUAUUGAUCGUGCCAAGUAUGUCCAGAAUGCUAGAAAGCUGGGCUGGGACCAGAUCAACAAGGGCUUGAAUGUGAAGCCAGUGGAAGCUACCAAGACCGAGGAGAAGCCAAAACUGGAGGAAGAAAUGGCCAUUGAAGAAGAGGAUGCAUACGUUGAAGAAUUCUUCUCAGGAUCAAAACCAGCAGAGGAAAAUGAAGAGAAGGCCCAGAGAAAGCCUGAUCAGAAUGCGUUUUCCUUGCUCGAGGAAGCCGAAGCAUGA